ACAGAUAUGGAGGGAGAGAAACCCUGACUGCAAACUUAACUAUUCACGGGGGCGAAUGGAAACGGUGCUUGUCUCUUCCCAGGCAGUAGCACCAUGCUCCCCCGUAGUAUGCGAAAUGCUGGUGUAGACCUACCAGGAGUGGGGUCAAGAGAUGUUCCCCUCAUUGGUUACCGGCAGCUACAGCCUGAAACUGACAGGAGCACAGAUGAAGCGGAAAAGGGGACUGACACCAAAGAGCCUGAUGUCUCACAGGUCGAACCCUCCCCCAUGAAAACCACCUGGUACUGUCCUCUAGACCUGUCUACUGUGUCAGAGCGCGAGGAGGAUGGAAUCGUUUACACGGUAGUAGUGAAACAGCAGCAUGGCGCCCCCACCAGCCCAAUGUCCACGGCAUCCCGAUCUCAAUGUGUUAAGGCGGGAACAGAAGAGAAGCUCGUCCUUCACCUUCUUCACUCCUUCUCCUUGGGCGAUUCCUCUUUUCUCUCCAUUUUCCUCUCCACCUAUCGCUCCUUCACCACUACCGAGAGAGUGCUAGACAUUCUGAGUGACAGAUUGGGGAAUCCACCAGGAGAAAACAACAGUCAUACUCGACAGGCCUUUAACAAGGCCGUGUGCACAGUCUUCAGCACAUGGUUAGCAGAGUACCCGGAAGAUUUCUCCUCUAUGGGGGAGCCUUCACGCCUCCUGCGCUUGGCCCCCCUGCUGCCUACCGACUCCUCUGGCUCGGAUAUUAAAAAGCGUUUGCUGAAGAUUGCAGAGGGCCUAAGUGAGAAAGCUCUGCUGUGUAACAAGCCUGCAGCACAUUCACAGAUUCCUCCAGACCCAGUGACCUCCGUGACCUCUCUUGCUGACCCCUCAAAUUUUGAACCCACCACCAUUUUGGGCUUCCCUUCCAGCGUGAUUGCAGAGCAGCUAACCAAAAUAGAGACCGAGCUGUUUUUGCGUCUGGUACCCUACCACUGUCUGGGCUCCCUGUGGUCUCAGAGGGAUAAGAAAGGAAAGGAGGGAGUGUGUUGGUCAGUCAGAGCUACUGUGCGUCAGUUCAAUCGACUGGCAAACACUGUCACUGCCUCCUGCCUCUGGAACACGGAGCUGAAGAGCCAGCAGAGGGCUCGGCUGCUGGAGAAAUGGAUCAGUGUAGCUGAGGCUUGCAGAGCAAGAAAAAACUUCUCCUCGCUCUUUGCUAUCGUGUCAGCCUUGAAGAGUAGUCCCAUACAUCGCCUGAGGAAGACCUGGCAAGACACAGACAAAGAAGCGGUGAGGCGCUAUGAGGAGCUCUCCUAUAUUUUUUCGGAGAAGGACAACUACUCUCAGAGCCGAGAACUUCUUAAAGAGGAGGGCACAGCCAAGUCUGCUAACCUAGACACCAGAACGAACCACAGAAGACACACAGGGUCCAAUGCCCAGGGUACAGUGCCUUACCUGGGGAUUUUCCUCACCGAUCUCACAAUGCUGGAUGCUGCAGUCAAAGACAGGCUAGAGAACGGCUACAUCAACUUUGAUAAACGAAGACGAGAGUUUGAAGUGCUUGCUAAAAUAAGGCUGCUCCAAUCCUCUUGUAAAAACAGCACUUUCAAAUCUGAUGAGAGCUUUUUACUGUGGUAUUAUAGUGUACCUAAGCUUACUGAAGAAGAAAGUUACAGAUUGUCCAAUCAGAUUGAAGUCCCAUCUGAGCCAAGUCCCGGACGUGCCCUGAACCCCACGGUGAUCAUCACACAAUGCCCCGACCUUCCCCCUGAGAUGACGAACCCGGCGAUGGACGGAGAUGGAACAUUUUACUUCCACUCUCCCGUCAAUCACUUACUAUCAAAGCUUGCCAAGCAUAUGAAAUCCCCCUCCGUUUCCUGCCUUGAUGUUGAAUCGUCACCAGCGUCCAAUGAGUCUACUCCCCCUGCGCUUACCACACCCACUGAUGUUGUCAAAUCGCACCGCCGGUCUGUAUCCUGCGGCAGCGCCCCCUCCAAUAACAACCCAAGUGCGGGGCCAGAUAUGAGAAUCAUCAGGAUUCGUAUGGAUUUGCAUGACGGGAAUUUAUAUCGAAGCAUUCUGGUUACUAGUAACGACAAGACUCCGUCUGUAAUCAGUUCUGCCUUAGAGAAGCACAACCAGGAUCCCAAAGAAGCCUCCAAAUAUGAGCUUAUCCAGCUCCUGCCUGAGGGGAAAGAGUUGAUAAUCCCUGCAACUGGAAAUGUCUUCUAUGCUAUGACCUCUGCUAGUGUGGACUUCCUGCUGAGAAGAAAAGGAGGAAACACACCUGUUGGCUCACCAUCUCUUGGCAGUGAAACAAGUGCUACCUUCCCACGGAUCAAAGCCAAGGGCCGCAGACUGGUCCGCACUCUUUUUUAACAGCUGACGUUUCUUCCAUUCCAAGUAUUUCGUACCAAGUGGAGACAUAAUGUGCCGGUCAAAGAAAGAUCUCACUCUCGGUUCAGCAUCUGGGCCCGUAUGUAAGAAGUGUCUUAGUGUAACAGUACUGAUUUAGGAUCAGCUCCCCUUUGCUCAUAUAAUGUAUAUAUUAGGAUUUUUAAAGGCAUAAAUGUAUCCUAGAUCAGCACUUUGAGAAAUAUAACAUGUAUGACCUCUUUUUUUUUUUUUUAAGAAAGACUUUAGCACAAGGUUUGAGUUUGAG